ACACACACACGCACGCACACACAAGGCGGAGGUGAGCAGUGCGCAGCUCAGCAGCCUGCCUGCCUGCCGCGUGCCAUGACUGCCUUUCACUAUGCACUUUUGCUCUUUGCAGCGGCUUCUGCGUCGGCUCUCCCAUCCCAGCGACCUAAAAGAGGUUUGCUGGAGCUGGCGGGAAUCAUCACUUGCAGUACGGGGAGAUCACCUUUGGCUUACGUCUCGUACGGGUGCUACUGCGGACUCGGGGGCAACGGCUGGCCGCGGGACCAAGCCGACUGGUGCUGCCACAAGCAUGACUGCUGCUACGGCAGGGCCGAGAGUCAAGGCUGCAGUACCAAAACCGACCGCUACGAUUGGACAUGUGACGACAAGACAGCUGAUUGUGAUGAUUUGACGGAGGAGUGUGAGAAGAUUUUGUGUAAGUGUGACCGAGACGCUGCCAAGUGCCUGAGAAAGGCACCCUACAACAAGAAAUACACCCUGUGGCCAAAUUGGUGGUGUGGCAACCACAAUCCGAUGUGUUCCAUUUAUUGAUUCAAAUCAAAAUUUAUAACGAUGGAAGUAAAUGUGAUAUAUAAUCAAUGGCCACUAAUUGACAUAAACAGUGGUAAUAGUAAAAUUGGUCUUUUGGCUAUUUGAGAACAGUGAGCAACUCUGGAGUUUCUAUUUAAUUUUUUUAAAAGUCUAUUACAUCACAGGGUGGUGUUUUUUUUUUACUGAAUCAUGCACCAAGCCUUAACUUUAAUGUUUGUGAAGGAUGGUGAAUGGAAAAUUAGCUUCUUUGGUGUUCAUUGGCCAUCCUGUUUGUUUUUUCUUUUGGAAAUUAAAAACAAGAAAACUACGUCAAGUUACCACAAAGUUGUAGUCGAGUCUAUGAGAACACUUGUAAAUAUAAAACAAAAGGAAAACAUA